GUUCAGUGCUCGGGCAACUUCCUAGCGCGUCGGUUUGGUUCAGUCCUCAGAACUCAGCGCCCAAUCCCAACUCUGAAUCGGGUUCCCCGCUUACCGUUACAAAAUCAUUUUGAAAACAGUUUUCCAACGGCCGCAGGAAAACGCAAGUCGCAAAAAGCGAUUCGAAUCAAGUCCAAUCAAAUCAAAACAAAGCAACCAAAUCAAGAAAAGAUUAAUUUAAAAAAAAACGUGCAAACCACUUCAAGUAAAACUAAAUAAAGAGAAUUCCAUAUCUCAAAGUUGCGAGUAUUUUAUGUAUAUAUUGCCGAUUUUGUUUGAAAAGUGCUUUUGAAAAACCUUGUUUGUUUUUGCAUAUUUUUUUCGAGUGCUGGCAGGUGUUUGGAAUCGGCUUGUGAACCGGCACAGAAUAUUCAACCAGAUAAGUCUGUACAUAAAGUCAUGCCAGUAGGAACUACGUCAGUCUUAUGAUGGCGAUUCUGGUAGACAAGAAAAUCAGCGAGACUAUCGUCGAUUCCGGAAACUGCAAGCUGAACGUUAAACCCGCUCAGACAUUUACAUUUGCAUUCACAACCAGCAAGCCCUCGCAACGGAAUCAAACCAAGCUGGCUCAACUCCGGAUAGGAAAAGCAGGAGGAUUCGGAGGAGGAGGAGGAGGAGGAGGAAUCAGAGCUCGAGGAGGCCUAAGAGGCCAUUGGCUAUCGCUUCUGGUACUGAUGCUGUGCAAUUGCGUUGAUUUUACCGUUUCAAACCAAAUCUCCUCAGUGGGCGCCUUCGAGCCGGACUUUGUCAUCCCGCUGGAGAACGUGACCAUCGCCCAGGGCCGGGACGCGACAUUCACGUGCGUGGUGAACAAUCUGGGUGGUCAUCGGGUGAGUGGCGACGGUGCAACGGUCCCCGCCAAGGUUGCCUGGAUUAAGGCCGAUGCCAAGGCAAUUCUGGCCAUACACGAGCACGUGAUAACCAACAAUGAUCGAUUAACGGUGCAACACAACGACUAUAACACAUGGACUCUCAACAUACGCAGCGUCAAAAUGGAAGAUUCCGGCAAAUACAUGUGCCAGGUCAACACAGAUCCCAUGAAGAUGCAGACAGCCACCCUGGAGGUGGUCAUCCCGCCCGACAUUAUCAACGAGGAAACCUCUGGCGACCUGAUGGUACCCGAGGGCGGUGCGGCCAAGCUCGUGUGUCGGGCCCGCGGGCAUCCCAAGCCGCGGAUCACCUGGCGUCGCGAGGACGGACGCGAGAUUAUUGCACGGCAUGCCGGGCACCAGAAGACCAAAGCCCCGUCCGUCGAAGGCGAAAUGCUGACGCUCUCCAAAGUCACGCGAUCGGAAAUGGGCGCCUACAUGUGCAUCGCCUCGAACGGAGUGCCGCCAUCGGUGAGCAAGCGGAUGAAGCUACAGGUGCACUUUCAUCCGCUGGUUCAAGUGCCAAAUCAAUUGGUCGGCGCCCCGGUCCUAACGGAUGUCACAUUAAUUUGCAAUGUCGAGGCAUCGCCAAAGGCCAUCAAUUACUGGCAGCGCGAGAAUGGUGAAAUGAUUAUUGCCGGCGAUCGUUAUGCCCUCACCGAGAAGGAGCACAACAUGUACUCCAUGGAGAUGGUGCUACACAUCAAGCGGCUGCAGUCGAGCGAUUUCGGAGGCUACAAGUGCAUCUCCAAGAACAGCAUCGGGGACACGGAAGGCACCAUUCGACUGUAUGAAAUGGAACGUCCCGGCAGGAAGCAAAUGCGCGAUGACGAUAUCAACGAAGUAACAAGACACGAGGUGGAGAACCGGCACAAGGAGAACCGGCACGAAGAGGGCGCACGCAACCAGAACGGUCGUCUCUACAAGGACCGCACGCAGGAGCCUGAGCUGGGCAGCUCCGCAGAUUCGACCCGUGCCCCAGCCCCAGCUCAGGGUACAAUGCAGCUAAUCAAGACAUUUAUAUUAGCCCUAUUGGUAAUAUUAGCCACGACAGCGACAGCGGAGGCGGUGGCACCAACAACCACAACGGCGGCGGCAACAAUGUUCUUUUACACAAAGGGCGCCAGACAAAAGGACACAAAGGAAACGAAUCUGAGACUUGAGCUGAAUGGGGCUGGGGAUGCUGAGCACGAGUACUGCGAAAGAUCAGCGACGACGGCCAGGGCCGGGGCAAAUGGCAUUGGCUGGAGCGUGGAAGGAUUAGCCCGAACACCAUCAACAAAGUAAGAUUAUUAUAGCUUAAUUCAAUUGUAAUUAUACAAACGCGAUUAUGGGGGCCCAGGGAACGAGCUCCAUCUCUUUCUCUCUCUCUCUCUCUCUCUCUCGUUACCUCCCUGUGUCUAUGACCCUCGGUUCUUGUCUCUCCUGGCCCCCACACGAGACUGGAAAGUCCGAGCAUAAAUCAUCGACCUAAUCAUCUUGCUAAUUACAAAGGGUGAGAGAGAGAGAAAAGGAGGAAAGAAAAGGAGCAGGCCAAAUUGAAUGAAUAUUAAAUCAAAAGCAAGUGGAAAAACUAAAGUUUCGUAGUUAAGUGGAAAAUAAAAUGCGUUUAAAUGUUACCUCGUUAGUGGAAAAUGAAAAAUGAAAAAUGAAAAAGAAAAAGGAACGAAAACGAAAACGAAAACGAAGAAGAAGAAGAAAAUCAACUAUAAAAAUAAUAAGAUUUAUCGGUGUUCGGUUCUUUGAAUGCCUUUGGCUGCUCUGGAGUACACAUUGACUAAGUGCGACUAAGGAACGAUCUGCAUGUGUACCCCAAAUAUACAUAUAUCGAUAGCUAUUAUGAUGAUCUAGUUGUCUAACCUAUAAGCAGACCUCUACGUUCGGUGUUUGUUAUUUGGUUUUUGUGUUCUGUGGUUUUUGUGUUUUUCUAGGGGAAAUAUAUUGUAUAUCUAAAUACAUACUCGUACAUGUGUGGAGAUGAUAAGCCACGUUCUGUUAGCCCAGAGUUCUGUAUAUAAAAGUGGCCUGCUCAAGGGGGGAGAAGGAGGAGAAGCUGAAAGAAGCCAGUCAUGGACUAGUGGAGUAGACUUGACGUUGAAGUAAAAUCGCAAAUGUUCAGACGAACUAUGCAACCCAUAAAUUGUAAAUAUCUACACUCGUAGUGAUCUGGAGAACGUUUUCGUUGAUGUCAUGGUUCUAUUUUUUGACUCGUUUUGUUUGUCUCCUUUGCAUAGCUCAAAAGACUAACUGCGGACGUCCGUGGGUCUCUCUAGAAUCUAGAUGUAAGCCAGCUGCGUAGGUACUCUUCCGAACCUGGGACCGAACCUCUGUGCGGGUGCGGCUGCGGGUGCAGGUGUGGUACUGGUCACCUUCGGGGACGUUCUACGUGAGCAACUUAGUACCAAUUCUAUGGUGGUUGGAAUAAGGGGAACUGAUUUGGGAGAGCCAAAUUAAAUUAAAUUAUAUUAAAUUAAAUAUGUCACUUGAAGUGCAUCCAUAUCCUAUGAACUAUGAGCUAGUUCCAACCAACUAGAUGAGUGUCCCGAAUGCCAUAAUUGCUUCAGUUUGAGAGAAUGAAUUACUGAUAGAGAAAGUAUUUAUACAAUAUGCAGAUUUCGCCAUUUCAAUGGGCAGCUGUAACCAUUCACUGCCAGAGCAUAGAGUACGUUACUCGAUUUUUAAUCAGUUCUGUGCAACCCACUUGGGAUUCUCCAUUCCUGUGAGAAUUAGUUCACCUCACUGCGCCCCUAUCAAAGCAGACCUUUGUUACCGUGCAAAGAAAAUAAUAAUUUGGAUCCUUGGUCUCUAACUACUCCCACUAGAGCAUCCCCACUAGAGCCACAGACCAGACCGGUGCAUGGCUCUAUCCCAUGCACAGAGACAGACAGGCAGAGAAAGAUACAGGAACCACCCACAGUCCAUACGUAUACGUAUAUGAAUAUCCAAUAUCUACAUGUGUGUGCGUGCUCGAUUCAAUUCAAUGCUAAAAUAUUAUGUAAAUCAAAAGGAGUUGAGUACGAGGCAGAAAAAGCAGAAUUAAAUGUGCCAAAAGCAUUAAAAGCAACUCAGAAAGAAGAAAAAGUAAGACGGAAAAGACGGAAAUAAAUCAAAUAGAAUUUGUGUGCUCAUAUCCAAAAUAUACACUAAUACCCAUACCAUACACACAUAUGUUUGUAUAAACCACAUAUCCCCGAUCCAGACCCUAGACCUUAGACCCUAGAACCUUGACCCCUCCCCUCAAUUGCAGCCCCAUUCCAGUAACCAAGUCUUUAAAAGCUGACUACUCAGAUGUACUCUGACUCAUAUACGUACCAGGAGGAUAUGCACUCGUAUAAGCAGGCAAAGGGAAAAGGAGGGGAGGAGACGAUACAUUUUAUAUAUGAUAAAGUAAAAUUAAUUAUACAUAGGGAAUAUUUUUUUUGGUGGAUAUAAUGAGUAACGAUAUCGCCUAGCAAAUCAAAGUUAAAUUUAAUCUAAAAGUGUAAGAAAAAAUAAAUAUCCAUAUCCAUAUAUGUAUGUAUAUGUAUGUAUGUAUAUGUACACAGAAAUCCCAUGCGAUCAAAUUGUUCAGAUUGCAGUCAGGCAGGAGCGGGAAUAAAGCAAAAGAAUGAGAAUGAGGGAAAGAUAUGGGAGAAAAACAGACCCCCAAGAAUCUAAGAAGGGGAACUACGCGAGUCGAGGGAAUAGGAAAAGAAACUAAGAAAAACUAUAACAAUACCUAAGUGAACGUGAAAUACUCGUAAGACAGCAGCCAGCAGCCAGAAGCAAGAGAAACCAUUCAAAUCGUAAAGCAUUCAAUGUCUACUACGCUACAACCAUACAAAGAUAAACCAUAAACUAAAUAUACAAAUAUUCAACAAUUAAAUAUUGCAUAAUACACAUCCAAUGGGAAUAUCCAACAAAUUCAACACGUAAAAGAACAAAUAAAAACAAAAACGAUAAUCGGAAAAUGAAAAAUGAAAAACAGAAGUAUGCCGCAUAAUGCGAAAAUUCAUGAUUCUCAUGUUAAAACACAUUUAAGUAAAAUUAUUAGAAUUUAGUUGGAUUUGUUUUUAUGUACAUAAGAAAUUAGCAAAACAAAAACGUUUGUACUGUAAAAUCUGAUAUACAACAAAAUAUUUCAGCUGUGCGAGCUACCAGGAAAACACAAAAAAAUCAAGACAAAAAAAAUGGAAAAUAAAUUUAAAAAAUAAAGAUAAAGAUA